ACGCGCAGAAAUAAAAAGGUGGGUAGGGCUAAGGUCCUCCAAAUAGUGCGCACCCGGUAGCUUGCAGAGGCAGAUGUGAUGGAGACUGGUUCAUCCAGGCAGAGAUCGAGUGGAAGGUCUGUAAAGAAAGAGCGCGGUGGCAGAUCAAGAUCCAGGAGUUCCUCCUGCGAUUCGGACGCUCCAAGCACUAAGAAGAGAAAGAAAUCGAGCACCAAGCACAAGAAAGUUCGAAGCGGCAGCGAAUCUCGCUCCUCAUCUCGCAAGAAAAAAAAUGCGUCAGAAAGACACAAAACGAAAAAACGCGAAUCCAUGUCGAAGUUUUCGGACGAAAAAAAGAGUAGAAGGUCUCCUAGCGGUAGUGAUGAUAGUGAAAGCGACGAUAGUGGUUCCAGCGGGGUCAGCUCUAAUGACUCCGAGGAAGAGAAGAGGCUAAAGCGGAAGAGGAAGCGACGAGCAGAGAAGGAUGCGAAGAAGAAGAAAAAGAAGUCGGGGAAAAGUGCAGAGACGGGCUUGAAACAAGUUGUAACUGCUCAGCAUUCAACACCAUUGGCAGCAAACGGUUGGACGACAGCAGAUGUAAAAGGAACAGAAGGCAAGCAGCAACGUGGGCCAAUGACAAAGGAGAGUGGGAAAGACAACAAAGUAUGUGUAGAAGAGUUUACGAUCCUGAUACUGGGACACAGGUUAGUGAAGGGAGAUGACGAGAUUAUAGAGGAAAUAGUCAGUAAAGAGAGACAAAAGGCCAUCAAUAAGCAAGCAACCGUUGGAGAUGGAACGUCACUUUCCAACAAGGGUCUUAGAAAAACUCUCUAUAAUAACGUUCUGUGACUAAGGAUCUACAGUACCAUGUUACAUCAGCGAUCCCUCGAAUGAGCGCACUACUGAGUCGAAAUUCUGAGCGAGUGAAUCGCAUAAACUCGCGUAGUACGGUGCCUUCACCCCAUGACGAUCACAGGGGAGGUGUUGUAAGCAAAGGCUUCAUAAGUGGCGGAGGAGGCCUCCAGAGUGCACAUCCCUAAGAAGAAAGCGUGACCGUGUCGUACGGCAUUCGUGACGAGGAGGA